AGUGUCAGCUAAGGGGAUAGUAAAGCAUAUUCCUCACAGUGGAGGUUUGCAAUUUUUAGUUCUAACGAGGCAGAGUUUUGCCAAACUUGGAGCUUAUUUAGCACCUUCCCAAAGACCUCACCACAUCUCCAAACUGGUCUAUAACAAGGCCUCAAAGCUACACGAAAACCCAGUAUUGAGGAGAUUCUGUGCGGUUGAGAUGUCGGCUAUUCUUUGGGUGGUUUGUCCGAAGGAGAACGCUCAGUCUCUGCUCAGUCUCAUUCCAAGAAACGGCAGAAGAAGAAGGUGUAAAUUCAACUCCAGACUGAGUUUAUCUGCUUAUUCAAAUGCAAUUGUGAACCCAUCGAGAUCCUCGGAGGAGAGGGUGUAUGAAGUGGUGCUAAAGCAAGCAGCCCUGGUUAGAGAGCUACGGAAAGAGAGUGCUCUUGAUUUGGGGAAACCCAUCGAGACUGAUGGUACGACUGAUUGGAAUCUGCUGAAUGAGGCUUACGAGAGGUGUGGCGAGGUCUGUGCCGAAUAUGCCAAGACCUUUUACUUGGGUACUUUACUUAUGACGCCAGAAAGGAGAAGAGCUAUUUGGGCAAUUUAUGUGUGGUGCAGGAGGACCGACGAGCUUGUGGAUGGGCCUAAUGCUUCACACAUUACACCCAAGGCUAUGGAAAGAUGGGAAAAAAGACUGACCGACCUCUUCGAAGGUCGCCCAUAUGACAUGUACGAUGCUGCCCUAUCUGAUACAGUCUCAAAGUUCCCUGUGGAUGUACAGCCCUUCAAAGACAUGAUAGAAGGAAUGAGGUUAGACUUGAGAAAAUCAAGAUACGACAACUUCGACGAGCUCUACCUUUACUGCUACUAUGUUGCCGGGACUGUCGGACUCAUGAGUGUUCCGGUAAUGGGGAUAGCACCAGAAUCAAAGGCUUCAACCGAGAGUAUUUAUAAUGCGGCAUUAGCCCUUGGAAUUGCUAAUCAACUCACCAACAUACUCAGAGACGUUGGAGAAGAUGCUAGGAGAGGAAGAAUCUAUCUGCCUCAAGAUGAACUAGCACGUUCUGGACUUUCAGAUGAGGAUAUAUUUCGGGGCAAAGUGACAGAUAAAUGGCGGAGUUUCAUGAAGGGGCAGAUAAAGCGAGCGAGGAUGUUCUUUGACGAAGCAGAGAAGGGUGUUGCAGAGCUAAGCUCAGCCAGUAGAUGGCCCGUCUGGGCAUCUUUGUUGCUAUAUCGACAGAUCUUAGAUGCCAUCGAAGCUAAUGAUUACAACAACUUCACAAAACGUGCUUACGUAGGAAAAGCAAAGAAACUUGUCUCGCUUCCUGCAGCUUAUGGUAGAGCACUUCUCGGCCCCUCAAAAUUGGCCGAGUUGGUAAAGAGAUGAAUCCGUUAACUUGCCAUGUUUUUACUAUCAAAAUUACCAGUUUUUUGUAAGUUUUUUUUUGGCUUGGUAUCGGAGGAGAAAGUAAAAUUCUUUAGACCCUUGCUUAAAAUGUGUAAAUUUCUUCGUUCGAAAUUGUUGUAAAAAUACCUGAAAUCCCAAUAAAAUCUCAAAACUGAGAAUGGAGAACGUGUAUGAUCGGUUUGUUUUCGAAAAAUCA